GAGGGGGGAAAAAAAAAAAAACAAAAAACGGCCGGUCCUCCUCCUCCUCCUCCUCCUCCUCGCCGUCGUCUUUAUCCGAAAAGCGACCUUCGGCCGCCCGGCGGGCUCCGGCCAUGGAGCGGUGGGACCGGCGGGGGCGUCGUCGGGGGGCGUCGUCGGGCCUGCCGGCCUUGCCGUGGCGGCUGCUGCUGCUGGUGGUGCCCCUGCUGGCGGCGUGGGGCGCGGAGUCGGCCUCGGCGGACGGCAAGGCGUGCGAGAAGCCCUGCGCCAACGGAGGACGCUGCCAACCCAGCACCGGCCAGUGCGAGUGCCAGCCCGGCUGGGUGGGCGACCAGUGCCAGCACUGCGGGGGGCGCUUCCGGCUUACUGGACCUUCAGGAUAUGUAACGGACGGGCCGGGAAAUUAUAAAUACAAAACAAAAUGCACGUGGCUCAUAGAAGGAAAGCCCAACACGGUCUUGAGGCUUCGCUUUAAUCACUUUGCAACCGAAUGCAGCUGGGAUCACCUCUACGUCUACGACGGAGACUCCAUCUAUGCUCCGUUACUGGCCGCUUUUAGCGGCCUGAUCGUUCCCGAGCGGGAGAGUAACGAGACGGUCCCUGAAGUUACGGCCACCUCCGGCUACGCUCUUCUGCACUUCUUCAGUGACGCCGCUUACAACCUGACAGGCUUCAACAUCACCUACCACUUUAACGUCUGCCCCCAGAACUGCUCUGGCCGAGGGGAAUGUCGGCCUGGGAACGGCAGCCAAACGGUUGAAUGCGAGUGUUGGGAACAUUGGAAAGGAGAGGCCUGUGAUAUUCCCAAUUGCCCAGAAGACUGUGGCUUUCCGGAAAGGGGUCACUGCAGCGUGAACGGAACUCAGGGCUGUGUCUGUUACCCUGGUUGGCAAGGUAUCGACUGCUCGGUUCCUAUUCCGGCAAAUCGCUCCUUUUGGACCCGGGACGAAUUCUAUAUCCCCAAACUGCCACGCGCGUCUCACAAAGCCGUGGUCCAAGACGAGCUCAUGUGGGUGAUCGGCGGCUACAUGUUCAAUCACACGGACUCUCAGAUGGUCUUGGCGUAUAAUCUGGAGUCCAGACAAUGGAUGACCUUGGGCAGUUCUGUGAACACCGUGGGAAUCAGAUAUGGGCAUUCAAUAGCCUUACACGAAAACAAAAUCUACAUGUACGGAGGCAAGAUAGACGAAAGCGGCAACGUAACCACUGAGCUCUGGGUCUUCCACAUCUCCAACCAUUCCUGGGUUCCCCUGGCGCCAAAGGCCAAGGAGCAGUACGCCGUGGUGGGCCACUCCGCCCACAUGGUCACCCUGCAGGACGGCUCGGCGGUAAUGCUGGUCCUCUUCGGGCACUGCCCUCUUUACGGCUAUAUCAGCAGCGUGCAGGAGUACAAUCUAGCCACAAACACAUGGAGCAUUUUACAAACCCGAGGAGCCCUGGUGCAAGGAGGAUACGGCCACAGCAGCGUGUACGACGAAAACUCCAACUCCAUCUAUACCCACGGGGGUUACAAGGCGUUCAGCGCUAACAAAUACAGGCUGACGGACGACCUGUACAAAUACGAAGUUCGUAAGUACAAGUGGACUAUUCUGAAAGAGAGCCGGUUCUCCCGCUAUUUGCAUUCGGCGGUCAUCGUCAGCGGGGCCAUGUUGGUUUUCGGAGGAAACACCCACAACGACACCUCCAUGAGCCAGGGGGCGAAGUGCUUCUCUUCAGACUUCAUGGCCUACGAUAUAGCUUGUGAUCGCUGGGCGGUGCUUCCUCCACCUGAUCUCCCCCACGACAUCAACCGGUUCGGACACUCGGCUGUGCUGAGCAACAACACCAUGUACCUCUUCGGAGGCUUCAACAGCCUGCUCUUGAGCGACAUCGUAAAAUAUACGCCCGAAAGCUGCGAAGCGUACCCCACUCAGGCCUCCUGCUUAAAGGCGGGCCCUGGACUCCGAUGUGUCUGGAACGGAUCCGUUUCCCAGUGCCUCCCUUGGGAAAUGGCCGCCACGCAGCAAGAACGCAAAACGAACGAAGAAUGUCCUUCUUGGCUGGCUGUGGACCAUGAAAAAUGCGACCAGAUUACAGACUGCUACAGCUGCACGGCCAACACCAACUGGUGCCACUGGUGCACUGACCAGUGCCUGUCCAAGAACAGCAAUUGCUCAGAAGACCAGACCCCCAUUACCGCCUUCGAAAGCUGCCCCAAGGACAACCCCGCCUUUUACUGCAACAAAAAAACCAGUUGCAAGAGCUGCAGCCUGGACCAGAACUGCCAGUGGGAAGCCCGGAAUCAGGAAUGCAUCGCUUUGCCUGAAAACAUCUGUGGCGCAACGUGGCACCUGGUGGGCAAUUCUUGCCUGAGAAUCACCAACACUAAAGAUAGCUACGACAACGCCAAGUUGGCUUGCAGGAGCCAUAAUGCGGCUCUGGCCUCCCUCACUACACAGAAGAAAGUGGAAUUCCUUCUGAAGGAGCUGCAGAAGACCCAGUCCUCGCCCAAAGCUUUGACACCCUGGGUGGGACUGAGGAAGAUCAACAUCUCGUACUGGUGCUGGGAGGACAUGUCUCCCUUUACCAACACCAUGCUCCGGUGGCUUCCGGGGGAACCCAGUGACAUCGGCUUCUGCAGCUAUUUAGCGGAGCCCAGCAACCAAGGCUUGAAGGCCGCCACCUGCAUCAACCUGGUCAACGGCAGCGUCUGCGAAAGGCCAGCCAAUCACAGCGCCAAGCAGUGCCGCACCCCCUGCGGCCUGAGGACGGCGUGCAGCGAAUGCACCAGCAGCAACUCCGAGUGCAUGUGGUGCAGCAACAAGAAGCAGUGCGUGGACUCCAACGCGUACGUGGCCUCCUUCCCUUAUGGCCAGUGCAUGGAAUGGCACACCGUCAGCAGCUGUCCACCUGAAAACUGUUCGGGCUACUUCACCUGCAGCCACUGCCUGGAGCAACCGGGGUGCGGCUGGUGCACAGAUCCCAGUAACACCGGGAAGGGCCGAUGCAUGGAAGGCUCUUCGAGGGCUCCGAUGAAGAUGCCAACGGUCUCCCUGCCCUCAACGGGAAAACCCUACCCAGACCCCGUCCUGGAUGCCAGCCUGUGCCUGACGGAGAACAAAUACAACUGGUCCUUUAUCCAGUGCCCAGCCUGCCAGUGUAACGGGCACAGCAAAUGUAUCAACGAGAGCGUCUGCGAGCGAUGUGAGAACCUGACCACGGGCAAACACUGCGAGACGUGCAUCUCCGGUUACUAUGGAGACCCCACGAACGGAGGGACCUGCCAGCCCUGCAAGUGCAACGGCCACGCUUCCAUCUGCAACACCAACACCGGGAAAUGUUUCUGCACAACCAAAGGGAUCAAAGGAGAAGAAUGCCAACUGUGUGAAGUCGAGAAUCGAUACCAGGGUAACCCUCUCAAAGGAACCUGCUACUAUACCCUUCUCAUCGACUAUCAGUUCACUUUCAGUCUCUCCCAAGAAGACGACCGCUAUUACACCGCAAUCAAUUUCGUGGCGACACCCGAAGAGCAAAACAGGGACCUGGACAUGUUUAUCAACGCUUCGAAAAACUUCAACCUUAACAUCACUUGGUCGACAAGCUUUGCAGCUGGUACACAGGCCGGAGAGGAGAUUCCAGUGGUUUCAAAGAAUCAAGUCAAGGAAUACAAGGACAGCUUCUCCAACGAGAAAUUUGAUUUCCGCAACAAUCCCAACAUCACUUUCUUUGUCUACGUCAGCAACUUCACCUGGCCUAUAAAAAUUCAGAUUGCGUUCAGCUUCCAUCCCAUUCCUGACCGCUCUCAUCACUGAGCCAAUAUCGGUUCCGUUUGAUGCAUAGGAGCCGGCUGGGAUACGGCAAGACAAGACAGACUAAAAAAAGAUACCUGAAGGACGGACUUCCUUGAGCAGUGGCAUUGUCCCGUUCCUCUUGUCAAUUCCGGGGCGAGGCUCAGUGGCUUAGCUUCUCAAAUGAAUCACGGUUGUUAAGUGAAUUAGGCUCCCCCAUCGACAUUAUCAAUGACGAUCACACGAUCCUGGGACACUGCAGCCGUCAUAAACGUCAGCCUGCAGCUGUUCUAAGCGAAAUAAGUCACAUUUUUCAAUGCCCUUACGGGUAGUUCCUCGACUUACGACCACAGCGGAUCCCCCAAAUUUCUGUCGUUAAGCGAGACGUUCGUUUAAGUGAUUUUUGCCCCCACUUUACGACCUUUCCCGCCGCAUUUGUUAAGGGAAUCCCCGCAAUUCUUAAAUUAGUAACCUGGUUGUUAAGUGGAAUCUGGCCUCCCUCUUGACUUGGCUCAUCAGAAGGUCGGACUUUGGGACUGGGGAUGCUGCAGCGGUCGUCACUGUGAAAAACGGUCCUAAGUCGCGUUUUCCAGAGCCUGUUGUAACUCCGAACCGUCACUAAACGAACCGUUGUAAGUCGAGGACUACCUGUACAACUUUGAAGGGUGACUAAACGAAAGCUGAGGACUUCCCUGUAUAGGAGAGAGAGUGGGUGGGAUUGGCCAAUUCCAGGUGUGUGAACGAUGAACACUGUGCCGGAAAAUUUUACGGAUGGAUAGUCCGGCUCAUCAGACGCAUUUUGUGCGUUGUCAGUCGCACACCUGUGCGUGUGCGAAUAUGGAGAAGGAAAAUAUAUAUUAGCAGGGACUCGGUUCACGAAAGGUGAAACGUCACCUGUAAAAUGUAUAUAAAAUAAGCAGGAGGAGGGUUCCAAUUGGCAGGAAAGGCUAAAGCACUUAAAUCACCAUUGUAAAUCAAAAGGAAAAAAAAAAAGCUCUUUAUUCAAACGCAGUCAUGCAGCAUGAGAUUUGGGGGGGGAAAUAAUUUAACUUUGUUCUGGAUGUUUCUGUUAAAAAACGUUUAGCCGUGUUAAAUUUCUGGAUUUUUUUUUUUUUUUUCUUUAAACCAACACAAAAUCGCUCUGUGCAACAAAUGGAAACCAUCUCAGAUUUUUCUUUUUUUUAAUAGAAUGAAAGUAAUGUGGUGGUUUGGGGGAAAGAUAGAAUUGUGUACGGGGAGUCCUUGUUUAGCGGCUUCCUCGUUUAACGACCGUUUGAAGUUACCACAGUGCAAAACAAAACGAAAAACCCUUAACAACCAAAUCCUUUCAUUUACAACUUUCACAGUCUCUCUCUUGUUUUAUUUUUUUUACUUAUUUCUUUACCCAACGCCAAGAUGUCUUCUGAGAGGGGGAGAGAAAAAAAUCUUAGUUCGGCUGAAGGGAAUAUUAAGAAUAGCAAACAAACAAACAAACAAAAAAACACUGAACGAAGCACAAUGGCAGUUGUGCGGUUUUCACUUAAAUGGCUGCUUCGCUUAACGAUCAAGUUGCUGGUCCCAGCUGUGGUCGCUAAACGAGGACUGCCUGUAAUUUGAUUCUCUCGUAAAAUCUUUGGGCUUGCUCUAGUCUAGCAGAUAUAUAUACAAACGCAGCUAUUUAGAACUAUGAGUAACAGUCUGCUUAUUAUAUGAACAGCUAACGGGAUUUUAUGAAAUAAAGACCUACUCAUUGCUGACUUUUCA